AUGACUGACAACGGCAAGGCAAUUGCCAGUGAAUUUAUGGCGAAGAACCCACCCGAGACGUUGGAUCCAACCACUAUCCCUCCCCUCUGGGGCUCAAUGGCGCCUGGAGGGUAUCGUACCCCUCCAUACACUCUGGGCUGGCGCAUCACUCCUCAUCAGUUGCAGGCAUUCUUAGACCCUGACUGCACGAAGCCGACCAUACCGGUGAAUAUCGAAAUUCGCUGCAUUACGCCACGUUGGCGGGCAUUCGGUUAUGGGAAGAAGUAUUGCGGCUUAAGGCCAACGGUCCGCACGAUACCAGCUUGGAGAGACGACGUGCGGGAGGAUGACCUAAUUGUCUACUUUUCGUCCAAUGCCUCGAAGAAAAAUCUUGAAGCAGUGCGGGGACCGAGACUCCAGGAAGUGACUGCUGCUGUUGCACAUACUCUCAACCUCCCCGACGACUUGGUUCCUGACCUGAAGUGGUAUGGUCAUUUCCGGAAGUCGGCAAAACAGAAUUGA